AUGGCAGGAAACGACAAUGUCAACUUAGAUAUCUGGUGGGGAGACAAGGAAGACAAGCCGCAGAUUGUGAAAAGACAAGUUAAACAAGCUGCCGACAGGUUUCCCACUUUCAAACGCUUGCAGAAAUGGCUGACCAGCUUCAAGGAGCUGCAGGAGGCCUUGGACAGUAUGCCCAGUCUUAUCAAACACCCAAUGUCUGAUGCCCUCUCUAAGGGCAUAAAAGAGUACCAGAUUCCACUAACUCUACUCGGUUACCUGGAGGAGUUCUUCAAUAAUGACGUGGCGCCUAGCCGCAAGUGUCUCCCAAAUCAUCUGAGUGUCCUGCCAGAUUGGACCGUGCUGCUGUUGAUGAAGGGUAGGCUUCCCUCCUGCAUUGUGAAUGUGCUGCUGCAUAAAAGGAUGAUACAUCGUGUCCAAGUGGAAGAUUCCAGCUGUCGCAGUGGGUACACCACCUCUCUGUGCAUACGGCAGGUUCUCUACUGGCUGCUGUUGGUUGAGAUGCCCACAGUGAAGGAGGAUGACAGCAAAGGCCAGAAGAGGGCGGACCCGAGCAGUCAGAGCCUCCCAGUGGUUUACGUGAAGGAGUAUGUCCGGGAAGACACAGAACUGGUCAUCAAAGAGGUGAAAGCUAUCCUGCCCAGUGGUGCACAACAGCUGCAGCUAGCCACACUGGAUCAGGUAUGUAUACAUGUGAUAUAGUAUACAUUAUAUCAGGUAUAUAUACAUGUGAUAUAGUAUACAGUUUAUCAGGUAUGUUUACAUGUGAUAUAGUAUACAGUAUAUCAUGUGUGUAGACGUGAUAUAGUAUACAGUAUAUCAGGUAUAUAUACAUGUGAUAUAGUAUACAGUAUAUCAGGUAUAUAUACAUGUGAUAUAGUAUACAGUAUAUCAGGUAUAUAUACAUGUGAUAUAGUUUACAGUAUAUCAGGUAUGUUGACGUGAUAUAGUUUACAGUAUAUCAGGUUUGUGGACAUGUGAUAUAGUAUACAGUAUAUCAGGUAUGUUUACAUGUGAUAUAGUAUACAGUAUAUCAGGUGUGUAUACAUGUGAUAUAGUAUACAGUAUAUCAGGUGUGUAUACAUGUGAUAUAGUAUACAGUAUAUCAUGUGAUAUAGUAUACAGUAUAUCAGAUAUAUAUAUACAUGUGAUAUAGUAUACAGUAUAUCAGGUAUGUAGACGUGAUAUAGUAUACAGUAUAUCAGGUAUAUAUACAUGUGAUAUAGUAUACAGUAUAUCAGGUGUGUAUACAUGUGAUAUAGUAUAGAGUAUAUCAGGUGUGUAUACAUGUGAUAUAGUAUACAGUAUAUCAUGUGAUAUAGUAUACAGUAUAUCAGGUAUAUAUACAUGUGAUAUAGUAUACAGUUUAUCAGGUAUGUUUACAUGUGAUAUAGUAUACAGUAUAUCAUGUGUGUAGACGUGAUAUAGUAUACAGUAUAUCAGGUAUAUAUACAUGUGAUAUAGUAUACAGUAUAUCAGGUAUAUAUACAUGUGAUAUAGUAUACAGUAUAUCAGGUAUAUAUACAUGUGAUAUAGUAUACAGUAUAUCAGGUGUGUAUACAUGUGAUAUAGUAUACAGUAUAUCAGGUAUGUAGACAUGUGAUAUAGUAAACAGUAUUUCAGGUAUGUAUACAUGUGAUAUAGUAUACUGUAUAAAAUAAACACACUGCUGUUGAUUCUGAAAUGUCUUCUCAUUCUCUUGCUAUGUUCCUUAGACUCCACAAUCAGUGUGGCUUGAGGUGUUUUUGGAGACCCUUGGUGUGUCCCAGUCCACUUUGAAUGGUCUCCCACCUCAUCUGGAACUUCCUGUGGCUGUUACCUGCUACUGGUUGAGGCACGUCUAUCCCCGACCAGACCAUCUUCUCCUGCAGGCCCUGCUACUAGGACUGGUGUAUGGAGAGCUCUGCAGACAGAGGAAGAGCCAGAAAGGUAUGUCCCAGAGCAUGAACCAAAACACUGACACACACAAUGUAGAAUUCAUAAAUAUUGAAGUGUGUGAAGUGCAGCCAAUGACUCCUCCCCUUUUUGUGUAUCAGGGUUUAUAGAGAAGGGACGAUUGUCGGAGAAGCUGAAAGUGCUGAUUCAGAAGCCUGAUUCAGGAGCUGAUUUAGACCUUGGUGUUGCCCACGCCUAUAACCAAUGGCAGUGCUGCAUGAGGGAUGGCCUUAACCUGAACCAACUGCUGUGCCUCCCUCUGCCUGAGCCUCAGUGUGCCUGGUAAGGUGUUACUUCCUAAAUCAACCUAAAUCAAUUCCUUUACAUUUUAUCCUAUCCCAGCAGCAACACAGCUAAUGCAACCCUCUGUUGUUUCCCUGUUGGAGUCUAGGCUGUACAGGGGCACUCUGGUGCACCAGCUUGUGGCCAAACUGAGACGGGGGAUGAACCCGGAUUCUCUCCUGAUGGAUGACCGUUCCUCUGAGCAGCUUUACAAAGCCAUGAUGGAAAACCUGAAGGAUGAUUGUAAAGAUACUGGAGGAAGCGGGAAGGCCAAUCUAGAGGACGAUCAGGGUUUUAAGAAAGUCAAAUGCGGCAAGCGCAAGUAG